ACUACGGUACAACAUUCUCUUUUCAUAACUUUAUCAACAUACUUGUUACUCCAUAUCAAAACAUCUAAACUAUUUUGAAUAAAAAAAAGUGAAAAUGAAAAGUUAAGAGCUUUAAAUCCGAGAAAAAGCAAGAAUUUAAAUCUACCCCUCCCGCAAUUUCAUUUUAAACCACCACACAAACACUCCUUAAAUGCGACGAAAUACGAAACUCUCUUGAACUCUCAUCUAAUCAACCACCCCUCUCUCUCUGUCUCACCCCUUUGUCCAUCAUUUUCUCUCUCCUCAACACUAAAUUCCAUACUCACUUCUUAAUCACAACAUCCCCCCCCCCCCCCCCCCCCCCGAAAAAAAAAAAAAAAAAAAAAAAAACACAAACCAUUUAAACGAUCCCAAUGCUUCCCUCAAACGUCGGAUCCAGUAGUAGCAGAAGACUUAACAUCGGCAACUUAUCCGCACCAUUGCCCGCCCCAGCCGCUGUCGUUGUCGCUAUCAAAGCCGAGCGCGACGUCUCGAAAGAUCCCUUAGCUUGGGCUCUUACUCAUGUUGUUCGUCCCGGUGAUUGUAUUUCUUUGCUCGCUGUCUUCCCUGACCGAACCUCGGGUCGUAGAUUAUGGAAUUUUCCUCGACUUACCGGGAAUUGUGCCGGCCUCGAAGGAGGAAACUUGCCGGAAAGGAUUCUAGAGAUUUCUGAAUCUUGCUCUCAGAUGGCUCUUCAAUUCAAUAAUCAAAUUCAGGUGAAGGUGAGAGUUAAGGUUGUAUUAGGCCUACCUGCUGGUGAAGUAGCAGCUGAAGCUAAGAGAAACGGAGCUACCUGGGUCAUAUUGGACAAGAAAUUGAAGGAAGAGCAGAAACAUUGCAUAGAGAAACUCAGCUGCAGCAUAGUUGUGAUGAAAGGUUCUCAACCGAAAGUCCUCAGACUUAAUUUGGGAUACUCAGAUGAACCUCAGACCCCUUACUUUUCCGCUGCCUCUUCCCCAGCCUUAGAUAGUGGCCGACUGCAAAGUUUUAGGAUGAAGCAUGCUACUCCUAUUAGCAGCCCUGAAUACCAAAGUAGUUCUUUCUCAAGAACCACUGGAGAGGCUUCAUUGUCAACCUUUGACAUUCCACCUUCUCCCUACCAUGUUUUUGAGCAGAAUCCUCUGUUUGAGGGACGGAAUAAAGGAAGGCUAACACCUGCUUGUUCUCCACUUAACGUAAUGGUAUCUGAUAAGGAAAGGUUAAUUUACCCUAACAGAGAGUCGAGUGAAUUUGUAAAAAGUAACCGACAUAAUGAAUUUUGGGUCUCUGAAAAUCACACUCAUAAUGAAAGGGCUGCACUAGCUUCAGGCUAUAGAUACUCUUCUGAAUCAAAUUCUGCAGCUCCCGAGCUUAUGGGUAAUAAGCAUAUUCAGCGAGAUUGUGAAUCAAGAAAUGGACUGCUCAAGAUUGACAACAGUCAAAAAGAAGACGGUGUCAGUAAUGCAACUCCUCGUGAUUCUUUCUCUAUGGCCAGAACAUCUUCUGCUCCACCUCCUUUAUGUUCAAUAUGCCAGCAUAAAACACCAACAUUUGGAAAACCUCCAAGACGUUUUACUUAUGAGGAGCUGGAGGUAGCAACAAACGUAUUUUCAGAUGAUAAUCUUUUGGCUCAAGGUGGAUUUGGUGUUGUGUAUAGAGGAGUUUUAUUGGAUGGGCAGGUUGUUGCUGUGAAACAAUUAAAAUUUGUGGAUUCUCAAGGGGACACUGACUUCUGUAGGGAAGUUCGGGUAUUGAGUUGUGCCCAACACAGGAAUGUUGUGUUGCUGAUUGGCUUUUGUGUUGAGGGCAAGAAGAGAUUAUUGGUUUAUGAGUAUAUCUGUAAUCAUUCUUUGGAUUUCCAUUUACAUGGGAACAAAUCAUCCCCUCUGGAUCUGCAAUCACGCCUGAAGAUAGCAAUUGGUGCUGCGAGGGGUUUAAGAUAUCUCCACGAGGAUUGCAGAGUAGGAUGCAUAAUCCACAGAGAUCUACGACCAAGCAAUAUCCUCUUAACUCAUGAUCAUGAACCUCUGGUUGGUGAUUUUGGGCUGGCAAGGUUGCAUUGUGAGUGGGAUAUUGGCGUCGAGCAGCAAGUCAUUGGUGCUACAGGAUACUUGGCACCAGAAUAUUUCAAUGGCGGUAGUAUCACUGAAAAACUUGAUGUAUAUGCAUUCGGAGUUGUAUUGGUGGAGUUAAUUACUGGAAAAAAGGUUAAGGAGCUGCACCAAGAAAAGGGGUUUUCCUCUUUGGCUCAGCUAUUUGACCCUUUCGCUGCAUUAGAAUCGAAUCAGAUUUUGAAAUCAACGUUUUCUCCUAAGGAACUUCAAUGCAUCCCACAUGAGAUACAGACAAUGGGUCGUGCAGCCUCCUUGUGUCUUCGCAAUGACCCCGAGUCCAGACCCUCCAUGUCAAAGGUGCUCAGAAUACUCGAAGGUAGCAACACUCCAAUGCCUAUAGGUUUGGACUUGAAUUCAGUCGGUAGCCAAAGCGGACAUAUGCAAGGGUUAAAUACUCGUAGACACUCCGAAAUGCGGAAAUGCCACUCCCGUAAGCUUUCACAGUAACAAGAAUGUAGGACUAAAUAGCAGGGAUCAAUACUACAAAAUGCAGUGUUUUACUACAUUACUGUGCAUAUAUUACAUGAUUCAAAACAACAUAAAUAUUACCUGAAGUAGAUGUAUAUUUAGUAUUUUUACUAUUUACUUUGAUGAAAGAUGAACCACAGGUUUUGUUGCAGUCUCCCCCUUCACCCACUUUUUUUUUUCCUCUCUCUCUCUCUCAUUAAUUUUACACGAAGUAUACUUGUAAUUCUUGUAAUUUGAGCUAGUGUCAAUUUUUUUUUGUCCUUUUUUCUCUGUACUCUUUGGGAAUUUUCACUCUUCUGCUUGAUUCAGUUACAGUACUUGUAUUAUAUAGGAAUUUGUCGUGAUGAGAACUCGGUCUCUUGGAUUUUGUAAUCAUUGUUGGUAUUUACUCCAUUAAAUGUUUUUUUU